AUGUCGUCGUUCACCGACCCUGUACUUCAAACUUUGCAAUCCGUGCUAGGCUCGAGUUGGGCAUUGUUCGCGAGUGGCCAAUGGUCGCAGCCCUUGGCGAGCCUAUUGGCCAAUGCAAAGCCACCAGCCAACAGGCCUUUCUCGCCGUUCCUGUACGGGAGCGAGGAUGGCCAAAAGUUUUGGUCGCCAGAAAAGAUUACAGAAAAAUCGACGAAUGCAUCUGCUGCAACAACGACGCCAGAAACGAUGACGAGAAUGAAAUGUCCAAAAGCAGCAAGGGGAAUACCCGAAUCAAAAGCGUUAUGGUCGACGAGUUACGAGAUUGACAGUGUUACUGGUUUCGUCCCGUGCUCACCCCCCGUGACUUCGCUGCCCCCUGCGUUUGCCCGGUGGGAGCAGGCAUUGGCCAAUGCAACGCACGCCGUCUCACUCGCGGAGGAUGAUUCUCCGCAUGCAUCUGCAAAGCGUCUCUCGAGUCGCCUAUGGCGAGAGGACAUUGCAAACGCCCCCGUACUGGAUACAACUCCUCUCGAGCAAGAUUCGGAUCUGUUACGACGUGCACAUCACGUAUUGGCCUUCUUGGUCCACUUUUAUGUCCAUUCAUGCCCCUCUUCCAAUUCUAUUCUCAUCCCCGAGUCCCUAGCCGUCCCUCUUGUUCGAGUCUCCAAACUUCUCUCCAUCGCUCCUGUCCUCACUUUUGCCGAUACGGUCCUCUGGAACCACGAAAUCAUUGACCCCAGCCUGCCCUUGACCCGCUCCAACAUUCGUCCACUGACCCUCUUCACCGGCUCAGAUGACGAGGCCAACUUUUAUGGAUGCUGUGCCGAGAUCGAACUUCGGGGCGUCGAGGCCUUGCGCGCGAUUGCCAACUUUUACGACAUCAUUUCCACGACGUCCACCACGACACUUCCUCCUGCUGCCGCUGCUUCCCGGACGUCUUCUGUCAUCACUCGUCCGACUUUGGCAGGUGACAAGAACCUGAUUCAUGAAGAGAAAAUCUCCUCACAAGCGAGCUCUCUCAACUACGAUCACACCUUUGUCAUCGACGACACUACGCUGGACCACGCCGCUGCAUGCCUAAAGACGGUGGCUGGAGUCAUACGCGACCUCACCGCAAUUCUCCAGUCCGUGCGCCAAAUCUGCGAUCCCCAUGCGUUCUACUUCUCGGUUCGACCCUGGUUCCGUGGGAGCGAUGCCGCUGGCCCCGCAGCCUCAUCUCAACGCUGCUGGAUCUAUCAAGGCGUCGACGAGUCUCAAGUACUCGAACUUAGUGGCCCUUCAGCCGGUCAAAGCUCCAUUAUUCAUACCCUUGACAUCUUCCUGGACGUCGACCAUUCAAAUGACUCUACAAUGACCCACCAAAGCCUAUCGUCUUCUUCAUCAGCUUUUCCCCCCACAUCCGGAGCUGCGUCAAGCAAGCAGUUUGCAAUGGUGAGGUACUCCAGUAGCCGAGGGAAGAGAAAAGAGGAUUCGUGGGACCUGAGAAAAGAGAAUGACGAGGGUUAUGACAAGGGUAACAUGCACAAAAACAGGCAGCGUGCCGCGGACAAUGGGAUGCGAUGA